CUUUCCCCAGGAAGAAAAGCUCCGCCGGGUCGUCCCGUAGCGCACACGUCUCCCAAUCCCAACUUUGAUCCGCUACUAACAAAGCGCAGCAGACCGUUAACUUUGGCCUCGGAGUGGAUGGUGGCGGAGAGGUUUCCUGUCCCCGCUUUGGGAUGAAAGUUUGGAGCCGCUGUCGCCGGAUUUAGCAGCGAUGGAAAAGCACAGGACGAGGAAAGAGAAGUUCUCCCUGUUUGGUUCUCGCUCCACCAGCAGGACCACCUCCAACCCUCCUUCUUCAUCCUCCCCCUCUUCGUCCCCUGUGAUACCUUCAGUGGCAACACUGAAACGGGUGGAACGACCAACGGGCUGCAGCCCCUCCGGCUUGAGCAAAGCCGAAUUCCUGGAGCGCGUGCGUCGCAGUAACCAAGCCUGCCAACAGGGAGAGUAUGGGCUGGCUGUGCGUCUGUACAGCGAGGCCCUGACCGCUGACCCCCAGAACUGUAUCCUCUACAGUAACCGCUCGGCGGCCUAUCUCAGACUGGGUCAGUACAGCACUGCCCUGGAUGACGCAAUCAAAGCUCGUCUCAUCAACCCCAAAUGGCCCAAGGCCUACUUUCGUCAGGGGGUUGCUCUGCAGUACCUGGGUCGUCAUGCCGACGCCCUGGCAGCAUUCGCCUCCGGCCUCGCCCAAGACCCCAAGAGUCUCCAGCUGCUGGUCGGCAUGGUGGAGGCUGCCAUGAAAUCUCCCCUCAGAGACUCCCUUGAGCCCACCUACCAGCAGCUGCAGAAAAUGAAGCUGGACAAGAGCCCUUUCGUGGUCGUGUCCGUCAUCGGUCAGGAGCUGCUGACCCACGGUUUCCACGGGGCCUCUGUCGUGGUGCUGGAGGCGGGGCUGAAGAUCGGCACGUGCUCCCUGAAGCUGCGUGGAUCUGUUUUCUCGGCCCUGAGCUCUGCCUACUGGGCUUUAGGCAACGCAGAGAAGAGUGUGGCCUACAUGCAGCAGGACCUGGAGGUGACCAAGACUUUAGGUGACCAGUCAGGUGAAUGCCGCGCCCACGGGAACCUUGGCUCUGCUCUCUUCUCCAGAGGCAGUUACAGAGAAGCACUGGCCAACCACAGAAACCAGCUGGUUCUGGCCAUGAAGCUCAAGGACAGAGAAGCUGCGUCUGAUGCUCUCAGCAGUCUGGGCCAUGUGUACACAGCUAUCGGCGACUACCCCAACGCACUGGCAAGCCAUAAACAGUGUGUGCUGCUGGCGCGACAGACCCAGUGUCAGCUCUCUGAGGCUCGGCAGCUCGGCAACAUGGGCGCCGUGUACACAGCACUGGGAGACUUCACCAACGCCGUGCAGUGUCACGAACAACACCUGGAUAUCGCAAAGACUUUGGAGAACCGGCGGGAGGAAGCACGGGCGUACAGCAACCUGGGCAGUGCCUACCACUCUCAACGAGACUUCGACAAGGCCAUAUCAUACCACACAAGAGUGCUGGAGCUGGCCCAGGAGCAGGCCGACAGAGCCAUCGAGAUGAGGGCAUACGCUGGUCUGGGGCACGCUGCUAGGUGCAUGCAGGACCUGGAGCGGGCGCUUCAGCACCACCAACAUCAGCUAGAGAUUGCUCAGGAGCUGCAGGACAGAGCUGCACAGGGCAGAGCAUCUUCCAACCUGGGCAUCAUAAACCAGAUGAAGGGGGAGUAUGAAACAGCAUUGAAGCUCCACAAAGCCCACCUGUCCUUCGCCCAGGAGCUGGGGGAUUAUGCUGCCCAGGGGAGGGCCUACGGUAACAUGGGCAACGCCUACCACGCACUCGGCAUCCACGACCAAGCUGUCCGCUUCCACCGGCAGGAACUACAGAUGUCCCUGGAGGUGAACGAUCGUCCGUCGCAGGCCUCCACACAUGGCAACCUAGCGGUGGCAUACCAGGCACUGGGCGCUCACGACCGGGCUCUCCAGCACUACCUUCACCACCUGACCAUCGCCCGGGAGCUUCGAGACACACAAAGCGAAGCAAGAGCACUAGCAAACCUGGGCAACUUCCACAGCUGGAGAGGUGAGUAUGCUCAGGCCUUGCCUUACUACCAGCAGUACCUGGCUCUGGCCCCAGGCUUGCAGGAUCUGGAGGGAGAAGGCAAAGUCUGCCACAACCUCGGCUAUGCUCACUACUGCCUGGGGCAGUACAGAGACGCUGUCAGGUAUUACGAGCAGGACCUGGCCUUGGCUAAGGACCUCCAAGACAAAUUAGCCCAGGCUAAAGCUUACUGUAACCUGGGCCUGGCCCACAAAGCACUGGGGGAGUACAACAAAGCAGAGGAGUGUCAGAGAUACCUGCUCUCUCUAGCACAAGCCCUGGAUAACACACAGGCAGUUUUCAGGGCGUUUGGGAACCUUGGCGAUGUCUGUGUGUGUCGGGGUGAUCUUCCAGGAGCUGUGAGGUUCUACCAGCAGCAGUUAACCCUGGCUCAGAAAGUCAGCGACCAGAAGAUGGAGGCUGACGCCUACUCAGCACUUGGCUCAGUUCACAGGCUGCUCCGGCAGCUGGAUACAGCAUUGUCCUUCCAUAGCCAGGAACUGACCGUCCGGAAGGAUAUAGGUGAUCAGCAGGGGGAGUGCCGCGCCCUCGGCCACCUGGCAGCAGUGCACAUGGCCCUGGGAGACUAUGCUACAACCUUCCAGUGUUAUGAGACCCAGCUGGGCUUGGCUCAGGGGCUCAGGGAUGCCCGUCUAGAGGCCCAGGUCCACGGGAACAUGGGCAUCACCAAAAUGAACAUGGGAGUGUUUGAGGAAUCGAUCGGCUAUUUCGAGCAGCAGCUGGCUAUGCUUGAGCAGCUGAGUGGAACUGAGAGUAUGUUGGACAGAGGUAGGGCCUAUGGGAAUCUGGCAGACUGCUAUGAUGCCCUGGGAGACUAUGAGGAGGCUAUUCAGUACUACGAGAAGUACCUGACUGUGGCUCAGAGUCUCAACCACGUCCAGGACCAGGAGAAGGCCUACAGAGGACUUGGCAAUUCAUACAGGUCUAUUGGUAGUCUCCAGCAGGGACUGGUGUGUUUUGAGAAGCGGCUGGUGGUAGCCCAUGAGCUGGGCGGGGAAGGAGGGGGUAAGGCUCAGGCUUAUGGGGAGCUGGGCACCUUACACAGCCAGCUGGGCAACUACGAGCAGGCCCUCUCCUGCCUGGAGCACCAACUUAACAUUGCACGCACAGCAGGGGAUAAAUCCCUGGAAGCAGAGGCAAGCGAUACUCUUGGAGGCGUUUAUCAGCUGAUGGCAGACAACGAGACAGCGCUACAGUGGCACCAAAGGGCGUUGGAUAUAGCAGAGCAGACGAGAUGUGUGGGGAGCCAGGGUCGAGCCUAUGCCAACUUGGGACUGACCUACGAAGCUCUCGGGAACUAUGAGCGGGCCGUGGUCUUUCAGGAGCAGCAUCUGAGUGUGGCGGCACAGACCAAUGACCUGAUCUCUAAAACUCUGGCCUACGGGAGCCUGGGAAGGGUACACCAUGCACUGCAAAACUAUGCACAGGCUGUGAUGUACCUGCAGGAAGGUCUGCGUCUGGCCGAGCAGUUAGGUCGCAGAGAAGACGAAGCUAAGAUACGCCACCACCUGGGUCUGUCCCUGUGGGCCAGCGGAAACCUGGAAGAGGCACAGCACCAGUUAUACAGAGCAUCAGUCUUAUUUGAGAUGAUUCGUCAUGAGACACAGCACAGCACGGAUAACAAGCUCUCGCUGUUUGACCUGCAAACCAGCUCGUACCAGGCUCUCCAGCGAGUCCUCGUCAGCCUAGGUCGGCACGAUGAGGCUCUGGCCAUUGCAGAGCGAGGGCGUACACGUGCCUUUGCCGAUCUCCUGGUCGAACGCCAGAAAGGAAGUCAGCAAGCAGCGGGCAGCGACCCUUACAUCCCAGUUACUGUGGAGCACAUCCUGGAGACAGUUAACAGUCAGAGGGCAAUGGUCCUGUACUAUUCUCUGGCUGGAGGUUUUCUGUACAGCUGGCUGAUAUCUCCGGGAACAGGUAUCGUGAAGUUUCAUGAGGUGUAUCUUGGAGAUCCCGGAGCAGAUGGCGUUGGGAGCCCACAGGAUGGCGGAGGGAGCCCACAGGGUGGAGGAGGAAGUCCUCUGUCUCUAGACCAGCACAUCUACAACGCCAGAGAGGCUCUGGGAGUGGACAGCCAUUACAGCAGAGUUGGCUCCAGCAGUGAGACAGAGAGUGAAGCCGGGGAUCUGUUAGAGCAGCAGUUUGAGGAGCUGAACUCCUCGGCCACCGACCCCACGGGCUACCUCCGCAUGGUGUCCAGAAACAACCUCUUCAACAGAAGCUGUCGCAGCAUGACCAGCCUAUACAGUGCCACAGUGUCUCCAGCGAAAGACAGCUUGUCCUCUCCUCCUUGUCGAUUGAGUAACAUCAGCAAACCUCCUCUGCGAGCCCUUUAUGACUUACUCAUAGCACCCAUGGAAGGCGGCCUGAUGCACAGUAGUGGACCUGUGGGCAGACACAGACAGCUCAUAUUGGUGUUGGAGGGAGAAUUGUACCUGAUCCCAUUCGCCUUGCUCAAAGGCAGCUCCUCUAAUGAGUACCUGUAUGAGAGGUUCAGUCUCAUUUCUGUACCUUCUUUAGCCAGCCUGGGAGCCACAAUCAAGCCUCAUCAACGCAGAGGCGGACCCUCACUUUGCACAGAUGGAGGUUCGGUGGCUGCAGUGGUCGGAGCUCCUCGCCUGCCCCCCAGCGUGAUGGACCGCUGGUUGUGGGGGCCCCUGCCUUCAGCCCAAGAUGAAGCUCUUUGGUUGGGGGAACAGCUUGGAUGUCAUCCACUGACCGGAGCGAAUGCCACAAAGGAGCGUGUGCUCACAGCACUGAGUCAGGCAGAGUGCGUUCACUUUGCGACUCAUAUAUCUUGGAAGCUCGCUGCCUUGGUCCUCUCCCCCAGCCAAGAGCAUGCUGGGGGAGAGGGCACAGGAAGCCGACCCAAGGAGAAGUCACUGUUUGGGACCUUGACCUCAGGCCAGCCUGUGGAUCGGGAUGCAGAGGUCAAGGGUUCGUUUUCAAAGAAGCACAGCAGCCCAGAGAGACUUAGAGGGGAAGAUGAAGCGAGCGAGGAUGAGGACAGUGUGUGUGAUGUGGAGAGUGUGUGUGACAGUCCAUCACUUCAAGACUUCCUCCUCACUGCUGCUGAUAUUCUGGGCCUGUGCUUAACCGUCAAACUGGUGGUUCUGAGGUUGUACCCGGAGUCCAGCAGCAGGGUGACAGCUGACGGGGUGGUGGGUCUGACCCGGGCCUUCUUAGCUGCGGGGGUCCAGUGUGUGUGUGUCUCCUUGUGGCCUGCACCGAUAGCUGCCUCCAAACUGUUAACACACACCUUCUAUACAGCACUUCUCAAUGGCACCAAAGCCAGUGCUGCUCUGACUGAGGCCAUGAAGACACUGCAGAGCAGCAAGCACUUCUCACACCCCUCCAACUGGGCUGGUUACAUGUUGAUUGGAAAUGAUGUGAAGCUGAACAGCCCCAUGUCGCUGGUGGGCCAAGCCCUGGCAGAGAUCCUGCAGUACCCAGACAGAGCCAGGGAUGCCCUCAGAGUGCUGUUACACUUGAUUGAGAAGUCUUUGCAGCGCAUUCAGAGUGGCCAGUGUAACCCAAUGUACACGUCCCAGCAAAGUGUGGAGAAUAAGGUCUGUGGGGUGCCCGGGUGGCAGGCCCUCCUGUCUGCGGUGGGUUUCCGGUUGGACUUCUCCGGUAGCGUCGCAGGACUCUCCGCGGCGGUGUUCUUCCCCACGUCAGACCCUGGAGAUCGGCUGCAGCAGUGCAGCACCACUUUACAGGCCCUGCUUGGUCUGACUCCUCCAGCUCUGCAGGCCCUAUGUAAACUUGUCACAGCGUCUGAGGCCGGAGAACAGCUCAUUCUCAAGGCGGUUAAAAGCAUGGUGGGAAUGCUCCACCAAGUGUUGGUGCAGUUGCAGUCUGGCGACAAAGAGCAGGACUUCUCACUGGCUCCCAUUCAAGUGUCCAUAAGUGUGCAGCUCUGGAGGCUCCCGGGCUGCCACGAGUUUCUAGCUGCACUCGGCUUCGAUCUCUGUGAGGUGGGUCAGGAGGAGGUCGUGCUGAAGACUGGAAAACAGGCCAGCAGACGCACCAUGCAUUUUGCUCUUCAGUCCCUCCUGGCGCUUUUUGACUCCACAGAGCUUCCCAAGCGACUGAGCAUGGACAGCUCUUCCUCCCUGGAGUCCCUGUCCUCCUCCCAGUCCGCCUCCCAGCCUCACUCUUUACCCCUCUCUUUCGGUUGCUACCCACCUCAGCCCUCCUUCCUGCCCCCUGUCUGCCCGGACAACCUCUCCUGCGAUGCCAUCUCUGUCUACAGCCUCAGCUCCCUCGCCUCCUCUCUCAGUUUCUUGUCCAGACCAGAGCCUGCAGGAAGUGACAUCAUCAGCCAGCGCUUGCAUCAACAGGAACCAGACAGAUCUCGUGGAGGGGCAGGCCUCUACGCCUCGCUCCGUCCUUCAGGUGGCCUGUCAAGAGGUCGACCCCCCAAUCAUGGAGGGGCAGCAGGAGAAGGGGAAGACGAGGAGUAUGAGGGAUACUCCAUUAUAAGCAGUGAGCCGUUAGGGCGAGGGGGGAGGGACUGUGACACACUGCCACUUCCUGCAGGACACAGACAUGGCAGAGGCGGAGCGGGGAGAGGAUCUAAUGGAGGUCAUAGGUAUCCUAUCACCAUUUCCUCCAAGGGAAGCAUCAGCACACCUACAUCCCCCAUUAAAGCUCCUCCCCUGCCCCCAACUGUUUCAUCCAACCCCAAACUCCGGCAGGAAAUCUCAUCUCCUCAGAGGACAAGGAAAGGGAAGGUUAGCAGCUCUGAGUCGGACCAGUCGAGUACUGAGACAGACAGCACGGUCAAGUCCCAGGAGGAGAGGAUGGGGCCUGCGGGACAAAUGGAUCCACAGGAACUGGCCCAGAAGAUCCUGGAGGAGACCCAGAGCCACAUGCAAGCAGUGGAGAGCCUACAGAAAGCCAACAUGAGAGGGAAGACACUGCCGGGGCCUGAGGGAAGAGAGGAGGCACAUGCCAGACAGCCAUCUCACUCUACUCCCACAACGCCAACUUUGACUCCCACUGGGGGAGCACGUGGGUUUCAGCCCUCAGAGACCAGUGCAUUUAGCAGGCCACCCAGUAGAGCUAGUCUCAAAGCUUGCUCGUCUCCUCUUUCGCUUCCUCGACAUCGUUCGCCCCUCUCCCCUUCCGUCUCAACUCCUGCCGCAACUCGGCCUAAACCACCCUCACGCUCGUCUUCGCUACAGAAAAUCAGCUCAGGCUACAACAGUCCAGCUCGUUCGUCUUCGUCCUUAUCUCUCUCUGCAAAAGAGCAGGGUUCGCCUCUCCCCAUGGCUUCCCCUGAUGUGCAUGCGCUGGCUCAGCUCAAACUGAGAUACCCUCCCUCGCCUUACUCCGCCCACAUCUCACCUUCCCACUCUCCGGCUGACAGUGCCCCAUCGCCAGCUCUUUCCUACUCCUCCACAGGAUCUGUUUCAGGCUCUUCCAGCCCGGCCAACACCCCUGAACUAAACCAGUCAAAACACGACAAUAAAGUCCAGGCGGUUCAUAACUUGAAAACCUUCUGGGCCAACGCCAGCCAGAAGCAUGAGGUGCCCUGCCCUGCCAGUUUUCUCCGGGGGGGAAAUAAAAGAAUGAGUACAGUUCAGAAAGAUGUUCUAGGUUUGCUGAAUCUGUCACCUAAACGCGAGUCUCUAAGCAAAAACGUGGAAGGAUCCGAGGAUCAGAACACUGACAACAGACCAAAUGGUCACCAAAAACUGGAGGCUAAACCACCUCCACCUCCAGCUGCUACUGUUCCCACAAACUCUAAAGGAGGCAGCAGACUUCCCUCUGGGAAUGGCUACAAGUUUCUCUCACCUGGAAAUUUUUUUCCUUCUUCUAAAUGUUGAGAGUUUGGAUGUUUGCCACGUUGCUCCCAUAGCCAGUAGGUCGGUCUUCUGUUUCUGUUUCUGUGUGUGUAAUGGCAGAAGUUUGCGAGAUACAACCAACAACACCUGCUGAAGACAAGGAUUUAAAAAACCUAUUGUUUCAUACUGACUUUAAUUUUGGAUGGCAUUACUUUCUCUUUGAAGGGAUGUUAAUAUUUUGAAUGUGAUGACUACAGUUUGCCUUCUUCUGGUCAGCGCUGGAAAGUGAUGAAGCCCUGGCUUUAUUUGGGUUUUCAUGACUGACGAGAGAGAGCAUGUGUCUCAAUGGCUCCAUGUACACUGAAAAUAAAUGUUGACUCACAGUCCGCUGACUGAAUGCCUGGGAAAAGGAAAACAUUUAAUGUCAACCUAAGGCACUCGAUAUAUUUGUGUAAGUUGACCUGAAUUUGAUCUUGAUUUAUUGUGUAAUAAUUAUUGCUCAAUGUCAUUACCAAUGCUUAUUGUUGUCAUAUAUUUUGUAAACUGUGUUUUUCAGUCAUUAUUACACAUUUUAUAAAGACAAUUAAAAGAAGGAUAAAGUAAAGAAAACAUUUUGGUAUUUUUUUAUGGAGAUGUGAUUUGAAGUAUGACAGUCAGCAUGGUACCUUUUGCCAUUGAGUGUUGCAUUAACUUUGUAAUGUGCAAUCUUGCAGCGAUGCCAGACUUAUUUAGACAUUUCUCAAUUCUCAUGAAGUUGACAAAUAAAGGUUAAUUUCCUUG